CUUGUUGAGGUUAUUAUGAAUUCAGAUUGGUGAUAAUAAGUUGAAAAAUUCUCAUUUCAUUCAUAUAAAUUAUUCAAAACUACAUUUUAAGUACAAAGGAUACUUGUAGAAAAUGGCAGAUGAAGAAGAAGUUGCUGAUGAAGGGGAAAACGUCGAGCGCGUCGCCAGUGCACAGAGCGAUGUGGGACUCAGCCCCACACAAGAGAAGCCUCUUGCACCUCCAAAAUACGAAGUCCGGCCUGGGCUUGGUGAAAAGUUUCAAGCGCAGAACAUUCGAGAAAUAAUGCUGUCGACUAUGCAAGAGCAGUUGGUGGGGCGGCAGUACCGCGCGGACCAGGCGCCGCGCUGGGCCAAGAGCAUCUCCAACGCGGUGAGGCAACGAGUGCAGGACCUCGACAUGAAGAGAUAUAAAAUUCUAGUCCAAACAACGAUCAUAGAGAUGAAAGGCGCCGGCAUAAAGAGCGGUCAGAGAUGCAUCUGGGAUCCUGAGACUGACGAAUAUGUCGAUGAUUUGUACAGGAACGAUACUAUAUUCUGUUACACUAUUGUCUAUGGUAUUUAUAUGUAUUGAUUUGUUUUAAUUUAUUUAGUUUUAAAUUAUGUAUAAAUAGUUAUGUAUAUAAGUGUUUUAUUUGUAAGAUUACAUAUUAAUAAAAACGUGCACCAAUUUC